AUGGCGGAACCCGACGACACAGAAUGUCUAUCAACGAAGGCUCUGCAGCAGAUACACAGUCUCAUAGGUAAAGACGCUUCCUACCUCGAGCACCUACCUAUAGACAAGAUCCGGGAACCAGAAUUUGAAGAAAAAAAGCACAAGCGUCUCACUUCACUGCCCAGACGCAUUCUCUUCGGCCAGAUCAAAGAAGGCGAGAAAAAGGGUUUAGAAGUCUGGAUCCUUCCGACCAAGACACGCGACGAGAACCAGUGGCCUGGACACCGCUUCAACCUCUUCGAUCGGCAUGGAAACCUGCACUCUAGCAUCACGAUAGAGGAGGCCAUACGGUUGACCAAUGCGGCAAAUGCAUUCAAGUGGCUGAAGAAAAAUGGCACAAUGGAUUUGACUCAUCUGCGAGCUGUGAUCAGGUACUACUUCAUGGUCAAGAAAGUCAACCCCCCGUCACCGUGGCCGGUUGACAUGCGCUUUACCGCAGAAUUACUCGCAGCAUGCGAGGCGGCAGCCGAAUUUACUACCAAAGAAGCCCUGAAUGGACAGAAAGCAAACACGACAAAGACGCCCGCGACUAUGCCAACCGGGCUAAAAGCCAACAUGACGCUGCCCUCCUCUAAAGCCCAGAGGAUGACAGAGCAUGAGGCCAGUCUCUUCAUUCCCGAGCGCCGGCGUCGUGCCGCUACAUCUGAAACCUUUCAGGCUCCAACUCCAGUUCCACCUACAGGUCCCGCAUCCACAGGUCAACCAAUGAUCGAGCCGAUUGAUGAGUUCAGACAAGCCUUUCAAAGAAAAAUGCUUCCUCAGCCUGCACCCAUGCUUCCGCCAACAUCGACGCCUACACCUACACCUAGCAUCUCGACUUCUAGCAUUCACACCAUAACCACCUUGGUCAACCCCGACAUUCCCCCUCCCCCUCCCCUCCAACUCCCCAGCACCCCUCCACGAACCUCCACCUCAUCAUUCAUCCCUGCCUACCGCGAAACCCUAACCAAGCACUCGCAACUCACCAACCGCCUCCGCACGAACCAGUCCUCCCUGCACACCAAAGAAACCCAAAUCCACGCCUUGCAAGGCCAAAUCCGCGAUCUCGAAGCUCAGGUCCAGGAGAUAAAGGCUGAGGAGAAAGAGUUGAAGGACGAGAUCAAGGGAGUGGAGAUGGAGAGGAAGAGGUUGCAUGAUAGUUUGACGCCUGAGAAGAGGGAGAUUUUGUUCUUUGGAAGGGAGAUUUGGGAGAGGGAGGGGAAGAGGGCUAGGCUUGAGGAGGAUGGGGGAGCGGAGAGCAAUGAGGACAUGAAUUUGGGUGAGUAA